CGCGGGUUCCACUCUUCAAUCCCAUCCUUCCGGGAAUCUUUGGUGGCGAUGAUCCGUUCCGGAGGUAGUAGUCGUCUUUGGUGGUGUGUCGUUAGCGGGAAGAAGUGAAGUGCUCGGUCGAGGCCUAAGGGAGACCAGAAUUGAAUGCAGUAUUCCAAAAGUGGCCUGACCAAUGUCCUGUACAGCUGCAACAUGACCACCUAACUCCUACACUCUAUGCACAGACCAAUAAGUACAAGCAUACCAAACGCCGCCUUCACAAUCCUGUCUACCUGUGACUCUAUUUUCAAGGAACUGUGAACUUGCAUUCAAAGUGAUGUGAAUACCAAAGACAAAUGGACAAGAAAGGUGAAAUGCAUUCCAUUAACAUAUCUGUGGAAGGAAUGACCUGCAACUCUUGCGUGCAGACCAUUGAGCAACAGAUUGGAAAGUUACAAGGCGUCUGCAAAAUAACGGUCUCACUUGAAAACCAUAAUGCUGCUAUCAUGUACAAUCCAGAGUUUCAGACCCCAGAGUCACUGCAGGAAGCAAUCGAUGACAUAGGAUUUGAAGCUACGUUGAUAGACACAAGUCCAGUGCUUAUCCCCCAAGAAUUACCCCUUCUCAGUAAUGAAAGGGGACUCGCUCCUCAGCCUGACCACAAGAUUGUAAACACAGUGCCCAAUACUAAUGACACAGAGAGAAAAAAGUUACUUGAUGAAAAUGAUUCAGCCUUCGCCUUUAUCCCCACUACAGCAAGUCUUAAAGAGGAAAUCAUUGAUUUAAAGAUGGACGGUUCUCCAGUGGACAAGAAGUUGUCAAUGUCUGAAGAUACGUGGUCGAUCCAAGGCAGUGAAAUGGUGGUGAAGAUGAGGGUUGAAGGAAUGACUUGUCAUUCCUGUUGCAGCACGAUUGAAGGCAAAAUUGGGAAGCUACAAGGUGUUCAGCGCAUUAAAGUUUCUUUGAAUAGUCAAGAAGCCACAAUUGUGUACCAAGCCCACCUCAUCACACCAGAGGACCUCAGGACUCAAAUCGAAAGUGCUGGAUUCAAUGCCACAAUCAAAACCAAGGCCAAACCGCUGAAGCUUGAUCUUAACAUUGAACGCCUAAUAAAUGCAACUCAGGUGACCAAAGCCGAUCCACGGGAGGUGAAUAACAGAUUCACAAACUUGAUCCUCAGAAUAGAUGGCAUGCACUGCAAUUCCUGCGUAACGAACAUUGAGAGUAACUUGUCAGAACUUCCAGCUGUACACAACAUCAAGGUUUCUUUGGAAUCCAGGGGUGCCACGAUACAGUACAACUCAGCCAUGAUUACUCCAAAUGCCUUAAAGCAGGCUAUUGAGGCCUUGCCACCUGGAAAUUUCAAAGUUUCACUCCGUAAUGAAUGUCAUGAUGCCAGGUCUUCACACAGUGUUACUGAACAUCCUUUAGUAACUUCACCACAGAUACGUUCCGUGGAUUCAAGGAGGCAUCAGUUGAGCAGUGUGACCGUGAUUAAUAUUAAAGGAAUGAAUUGUGAUUCUUGUGUGAAAACUAUCGAAGAAAAUAUUUCAAACAAAAGUGGAGUGAUCUCAAUUCAUGUUUCUCUUACACAGCACAAUGGAGUUGUGGAAUAUGAUCCUCUAUUUACCAAUCCUGAGGAACUGAGGGAGAUGAUAGAUGAUAUGGGAUUUGAUGCCAUUCUUCCUGCAAGUACAGAACCUGCAGUGUUACCAACAGAAGUUUUCCCAAAAGUCUCUGUUAAAGGGAAAAACAUGAGGAAUGGUCUAUGUGAAACUGGGAUGGUCUCCAUGCAAGGAGAGAUGCAGGAGUUGAGCAUCGUUCAGCAGAACACAGAAGCUCCACUGCCAGAAAAAUGCUUUAUUCAGAUUACUGGCAUGACCUGUGCAUCAUGUGUGGCUAACAUUGAGAGGAACUUGAAGCAGGAAGAUGGGAUAUAUUCUGUAUUGGUUGCUCUAAUGGCUGGAAAAGCAGAAGUGAGGUAUAACCCAGGUAUCGUAAAGCCCCCAGAUAUUGCAGACUUAAUAAGGGAGCUGGGCUUUGGAGCCUCUGUGUUGGAGGACUACGAUGGAUCAGAUGGUCAGUUGGAACUUGUUGUGCGAGGAAUGACUUGUGCCUCGUGUGUUCAUAAUAUUGAGUCAACACUGAUGAAAACCAAAGGUAUACUCUAUACAUCAGUGGCGCUUGCAACCAAUAAAGCUCACAUCAGAUUUGAUACAGAGUGCAUUGGCCCUCGUGAUGUCAUCAAAUGCAUUGAGGAUCUGGGCUUUGAAGCAUCCUUAGUCAAAAGAGAUCGCUCUGCUAGCCACUUGGACCACAGAGAAGAAAUCAGACGAUGGAGGCGAUCCUUCUUCAUCAGUCUAUUUUUUUGCAUUCCUGUGAUGAUCAUGAUGAUUUACAUGAUAGUUGUAGACCAUGCAUUCUACAAGAGCCAUCAGAACAGCUCGACACCUGAUGAGUUUGAAAAACACCAUGCCUCAAUGUUUCUGGAGCGACAACUCCUUCCAGGGCUUUCCAUUAUGAAUUUGCUGUCCUUUAUACUCUGUGUUCCAGUUCAGUUUGUAGGUGGAUGGUAUUUCUAUAUCCAAGCAUACAAGGCACUCAAGCACAAAACUGCCAACAUGGAUGUGCUGAUAGUUUUAGCUACAACUAUUGCUUUCUUGUACUCCUGUGUCAUUCUUGCCAUUGCUAUGGCAGAAAAGGCCAAAGUAAACCCUGUAACUUUCUUCGAUACACCUCCGAUGUUGUUUGUCUUCAUUGGUUUGGGACGGUGGCUUGAGCACAUUGCUAAGAGCAAAACAUCAGAAGCACUUGCGAAGCUGAUGUCAUUGCAGGCAACUGAGGCAACGAUAGUGAAGAUAAACGAGGACCAUUCUAUUUUAAGUGAAGAGCAAAUUGAUGUGGAGUUGGUACAACGAGGGGAUAUUGUAAAAGUGGUCCCAGGUGGCAAAUUCCCUGUAGAUGGCAGAGUGAUUGAAGGUCAUUCAAUGGCUGAUGAAUCUCUGAUUACUGGUGAAGCAAUGCCAGUUACUAAAAAAUUGGGGAGCAGUGUCAUUGCAGGCUCUAUUAAUCAGCACGGAGCUUUAUUGGUUGAAGCUACUCAUGUUGGAUCUGAAACCACACUCUCUCAGAUUGUGAAACUUGUAGAAGAAGCUCAAACAUCUAAGGCCCCCAUUCAACAGUUUGCCGAUAAGCUGAGUGGAUAUUUUGUCCCAUUUAUCGUUGGAGUUUCUGUUGUUACUCUGAUUGCCUGGGUUAUCGUUGGAUUUUUCAAUUUUAACCUUGUGGAAAAAUAUUUCCCUGGUUACAACAAAAGCUUGUCUCAGCCUGAGGUGAUUGUGCGCUUUGCAUUCCAAGCCUCAAUCACUGUCCUUUGCAUCGCGUGCCCCUGUGCAUUGGGAUUGGCAACACCUACUGCAGUAAUGGUGGGAACUGGAGUCGGUGCACAGAAUGGUAUCCUUAUUAAAGGAGGGGAACCGCUGGAAAUGGCACACAAGAUUAAUACCAUUGUUUUUGAUAAAACUGGAACAGUCACUCAUGGAACGCCCAGAGUGAUGAACCUGAAGGUCCUGUCAGAGGGUAAUUACAUAUCACAGAUGAAGCUGUUGGCCAUUGUUGGCACUGCAGAAACAAACAGUGAACAUCCAUUGGGUGUAGCAGUAACCAAGUAUUGUAAACAGGAACUAGGCUCAGAUGAGCUUGGCUCAUGUUCAGACUUCCAAGCAGUUGCUGGCUGUGGCAUCACGUGCAAAGUCUCCAACAUUGAGUCAUUACUAAAUAAAAAGAAUCUUGAGGUUGAGCAGAACAUGAUGCUGAUACAGAUCAAUGAGAAAAGCAGUGGCGAUGGCUCAUCACACUCUGUAAUCGAAGAGGCCCAAUCAGAAAGGAAACCCCAGAUCUUUUUCGUGCUGAUUGGAAAUCGUGAAUGGAUGAAGAGGAAUGGUAUACAUGUCAGUAAUGACGUGGACGGUUGCAUGAUAGAGCACGAAAGCCAGGGACGUACAGCGAUACUAGUCUCUGUAGAUGGUGUACUUUGUGGAAUGAUAGCAAUUGCAGACACUGUGAAGCCAGAAGCAGACUUGGCUGUCUACACAUUGAACAGCAUGGGGCUGGACGUGGUGCUUAUGACUGGAGACAACAGUAAAACAGCUAGGGCUAUUGCUGCUCAGGUUGGCAUCACCAAAGUGUUUGCUGAAGUCCUUCCCUCGCACAAAGUAGCCAAAGUGGAACAACUGCAGAAGCAAGGAAAGAUUGUGGCAAUGGUGGGUGAUGGUGUGAACGAUUCCCCAGCACUGGCAAUGGCUGACAUUGGAAUUGCGAUUGGUACAGGCACUGACGUAGCCAUUGAAGCAGCAGAUGUUGUUCUGAUUCGGAACGAUCUACUUGACGUAGUGGCAAGUAUUCAUUUGUCGAAAAAAACCGUCCAGCGAAUUCGGAUAAAUUUUGUGUUUGCUUUAAUUUAUAAUAUUGUCGGUAUUCCCAUAGCAGCUGGGGUUUUCUUACCUGUGGGACUGAUAUUACAACCAUGGAUGGGAUCUGCUGCGAUGGCAGCGUCAUCUGUUUCUGUGGUGCUUUCUUCUCUAUUAUUAAAACUUUACAAGAAACCCGAUCCUGCCAGGUUGGAGAACCGAGCUCGGAAUCACAUGAAACAGAAAUCUCUGUCUGACAUCAGUGUGCAUAUUGGUAUGGGUGAAAUGAGGCGGGAUUCACCAAAGCUAAGCCUAUUGGACCGAAUAGUUCACUACAGCCGAGCCUCCAUUAACUCUCUCAGGUCUGAAAGGCGAUCUGUCACCAACAUUCCUUUACAUGAUCCAGACAAAAACAAUCUCCUUUUGGGAAGAGAUGAGGAUGAUGCAGUUUGAGCAUAGCCUUACUGUUUGCAACAGAUUGGCAAGAUCUGUUCUCCCAAUUAGUGUCUUCUCAACCUCUACAUCUCACAAAUAUAGGACUACCACGGAAGUGCAGAGGAUGCAGCAGAUAUACGUUUUAUUAUAAAAUAAUAUACUUACUACACUGUUGUAUAAUUGUAAUUUAUCUUUUCUUUUCAGUCUCUAUUUUUAAAAAUCUUUUCAGGCUCCUAAUCUCUCCCCUUGCAUCCAGGAGGGAAAAAUAUGUUUUAAAUUACAGUUUCAUGAUUGUUCUGCGUGCAUAAAUCACAAAUCCUUACCCUCCAUGAUUAGCCAACAAGAAUUCUGAUGGUCAUUGCUGCAUAUCCGUUUUUCUUGCUUUCACAAAACUCAAUCUCCAUCUAGAAUGCAACUGGGAAGCCUUGCACCAUUUGAGAGCAGGAUGUUUUGAGUGAUUGGACUAAAUUCCUAACAUCUUCAGUUGUGUGAAGUGUGUUUAUCCACUUUCAUCAUUUUGCAAUGGUGGCUGUGGCACCCCUUCCUAUCCAGUAAAGACCAAAUUCAUCCUUCGAGCUGAUUACUAACUAUUCCAAAUUUCCGAGUCCUUCUCCUGUUUAGUAAAGGGCAAAUGCAAUAUGUAGGACAAGCCAAAGUGACCUCAAUAUCCCGGAUUCUGUAGUAAUGGCUGACUCUGAUAAACGGGUACUUGAUGUAAUUAACCAAACAUGGCAACAUACGAUGUGAUGGAGAACCGCAACUGGAUAGUGAGGUUUGUUUUUCUGGCAAGCUUACACUUUUGCUGUGAUCUUUAAAUGGCGCCUCAAUAUUGAGAUUGAAGGAGAUACAAAAUGCUGGAUGAAUCUAUUUCACAAACUGUUAUGGAAUAGAAACUUUACUGAACUAUUUUAAAAAUAUUGAUUAGCAUUUUUUUUGUUGUAUCUUACUCUAAGCUGUUCAACUGUCAUUUAUGUUUAAAAGAACGCUGGAAACAAUUGGUACUAAAUACAGCUUUGUCCUUCUGCCCAACACCAACAGCAGCACCCCAUUCUCUAUCCCCCCCAUCCUUUUUUAAAAAAAGGUUUUCUUAUUCAUGCCUGGAAAUGUGUUUUUUUUUUAAUUUUUAAAUGAACCAGCCCAUUUGUGUUGGCUGGUUUGUUACAGAGAGAGUUAGCUCUACAAUCUUUCCCUUAAUUGAUUUUCAUGGAAUUGGAUUAGUUGAUCUCCCCCUUCUCAGCUUCUUCAUGAAUCACUUUUUUGAAACCAAGUAGAAAUGGCAGCUUAAUUCUAGUGAGAAAUCCAAAGUUUGGAAGGGUACUUGUCACUUAACGAAAUAAUUUGUUUUUAUUGUACUUUGAAUUAGUUUUGUAUAUACUUAGUGCUGCUGUUGUAUCAUGGAAUACUGAUGCAACAUUGAGGUGUCUGAAAUAUCACAAUGAGGUACUUUAUCUUCAGUUUUGUAGAAAAAUUAAAAGCAUAAACAUUUCUUCCUAAAGGAAUGAACUAUAUCAGCUAAUCAAUGAGAGUGUAAUGUUGAAAGUCCUGUAGUUAAAUGUUAUUGUAAGCUGUGUCUCCCUGUUAAAUGAUUAGUCACUCCAGUUUUGUACAUAAAAUGAUGUGUGAAAUGUCAUUGAAAGCAGAAGUUUUAGAAAAAAUCAAAUUUUGAUCUGCAUGAAUUUCAUGCCAGCUGCAUUGUUGAUCAUUCAAGUCAUUUUGUUCAACUAGUUUUAAGUUAUCCUUUCAUUUGAAGAGUGAACAGAUUGUUUCCUGUAUUUCCUUUUCCAAAAGUGCUGAGUUUGUACUGGGAUAUAGAACUGGCAGGUCUUUGGUACCUCCCCGAUUAUAAUUAUUCCAAGUUACAAAUCUAAACAUUGUCUGAGGACCAGGACCUGUUGACCCCACUGUUACCAGAGUAUAACACUAUGUAGACCUUUCACAGCCAAGAUGAUUGGAUCAUGUUCAGGAGAAACAAUUCUUAUAGACUUUCAGUCAGAAGUGCUUGGAUCAUUUCUAUACAACUCUAAAGAACAUGACUGAAUUCAUUACAAAUCAAGACUAAAUCCAAGAUCUGAUUGAUUACUCUAUCUUAAUAAAUUACUGGAUAGUAAAUUUAUCCACUGAGUUACCAAUGCAGAAAUGUUGAUAGUAGCCUUCCUCUUAACGAUGACCUUCAGCAGAUUAGUAUAUAUUCCUGUCCCAAAAUUCAUGAGAUGUUCAGUAUUUUUGCCUUCUCAAUAAGCUAUAGACAAUAAUAGAUUUUUUAGAUCUUAAUAUUGUGACAAUUGCUAAUUCUACAAGAUUAAAUGGAAAUAUGUAACUAAUAUUAAAGCGUAAGUAAAUUAUUUUUCUAGUGGAAGGAAAAAAAAAUUAAAUUCACAAAUUUAUUAAUAAUCUUACAAAUCAGUUCCAGUAAUUUAAGGUUUGAAUCAAUAUUUAAAGUAUAGAUGCAAUGUUAAUUUCAUUGUCUCAAUCAAUAAUAAUUGACAUUUUUGUGAUAAAAUGGUGCUUUAAGAUGCUGAGAAAUUCCCAGUGUCUUUGGGAGCUCAAUUUGUUUUUCAGUCUCUCAAUUCAUAAUGGGAGAAAUAAUUGGGUAGGAAAGAGAAAUUUGCAAAAUGAAAUUUAAAUCUCCAACAAAUGAACAGGUUAAAUACAUGUUAGAAAUGGUGGAAAUGAAAUGAAUGAUUUUAUAUUUGUAAAACAGAUCCUUUACUGUCUGCAAUUAUUCAAAUUAGAAAAUGGCAAAGGAGAAAAUUUUGAUGUUAAUACUGACAUGAUCUCUUUCCCUGAUAAUGUCUCAAAGGGAACAUGUUUUGGCCAAAAUCAGAGGGCUUUUAUUAACAGAUUUUGUUUCAAUGCGGAAAUGGUCAGUGAUGUAUCCAAGAUUGCAAUGCAGCAAAUGUUAUAUUGAGAAGUUGUUGUACUAAUACUAAUGUUGUCCAACUGUUGACUCCAUCAAAGUUCAUAUAUUUAAUUCUCCUUGGUUUUUUAAGCAACUGGGUCUAAAGGCUCAGCUUGGUUUCUAGUCCCUUUAUGGGUAUUUCCCAUCAAUACAUAAAUCUAUCAAAGGCAGUUUGAUAAAUUAUUACAUCUGCCUCUGUUAUACUAUAAUACACAAUACCUUGGCAAAGAUCCUUGCCUCCAAUCUGCUCUUGUGUGUGCAAGAAUUUACCUAUUAAGGAAUACGCCUGCAGCUACAGCACACGUGACAUCAGUGCUUAAAACCUCCAAUUACUUCACUUUGUAUCCUUGGGCCCUGCCACAGUGUAAGAGCAGAUGUUAAAGGCCAGUCUGUCAAACUUAGCUCAACUGUCAAGGAAGAAAAAAACUACUGUCCCUCAGCAUAACUGCAAACACGUCAAAUGAUAACAGUAUUCACCUUGAGAGCUUUCCAUGCACUUAAAACUAUUGAUAGUAGUUCUAAAUUUGCCCAGCACUAAUUUGAACUUUGUUCCUUUCUUCUUUGAAAAUAUACCUUAAAAUAUUGUUCUGGGCUUCUUUACCUUUGCAUUUACUUAUUCCUAUGUAACCCUGUUCCUAAAGGCUAAAGAAAGAAGUUCACUCAAAAUAGUACUUGUGUAUAUAUUGACAUACAAGGGAACUUAUAAUUUGCCUCUUUUUAGGAGCAAAUGCUGAGGAUUGGGCCAUUGGUCAGGUUCUGACUGAAUUUAUUUGCAACUUGACACUAUUUUUUAUCUCGAAAGUUCAAAGAACUCUGUCACACUCCCUGUCAAGUUUGCACAAAUGUGAAUGUAAAAGGACUGAUUCCAGAUUUUUGUUUCCUGAUUUACAUCUUUUUGUUUCAUGUGUUCAUUUGAUAUAGUUGAUUCAAACUGACCCAACCAUUUUCCCAUUGAUCUGAGAAGAUUGCACCACAUUAAACCGAGAUGCAAAUGAAUAACCAAAAAAGCAAAUUUGUACAGGGGUUGUCCUGUUUCAGAGCAGGACAGGCUCAAUAUCUAAGAUGUAAAGUUCUCAUCCUAAAAUGAGUUUUAAAAAUCUUAAUUAAUGUGCAAUUCAAUUAAUAUUAUUACUGUUGAACUUAUUUAUGUACUCUAAUAAAGCUACAACUGUCUUGAGGAAAAAACAGUGCCUUAAAUGUAAAGUAUAUUUUGUGUUUUUUUAAAACGUCUAGUGUCUAAGAGGAAAAAAAUUCAAGAACAUAAUAUCUUGUUUCAUCUGGUGGUCCCAUAACCAUCCUGUCAUUUUCUUGUCCAAGUUUAAGCAGCUAGACUAUUCCAUUAUGGAUUUGCUCAGCAUUGUAGAAAAUAUACAUGUUUUGGAAAAUUACUACUGGAUUGUGUUGUUCAUAGAUGUGGUAGGCCACCAACUGAACAAUGCCAAAAUUAAAAAUGUUGCAUUUGAGAUAUGGAUUAUGGUGCAUUUGUUAAUGAUCUGUUUCUACUUUGUUGGUGUUGGUUCGCUCAGUUGGCUGGAUAGCUAGUUUGUGAUGCAAGAAUGAUGCCACCAAUGAUGUGAGUUCAAUUCCUGCACUAGCUGAGGUCACCAUGAAGGUCCUAGCUUCUCACCCUCAUCCCUCGCCUGAGCCAUGGUGACCCUCAGGUUAAAUUCACCACCAGUCUCAUCUCUUUAAUGAGUGAACUGUCCUAUGGUCCUCUGGGACUAUAGUUACAUUUAUUUUUUGCAUUCUACAUUGUUGUGAAAUGAGUUGCUGUUAUUUCUGAGCUAACUGGUGUAGAAUUAACUGAACCUUUGCAACAGAGCAAAGAACACGAACAACAUGCCUGAAAUGAGUUGAACAACAAACAAAAAUAUGACAUUUAUAAUAAACUCUGCAACUAAUCUUGAUGUACAAGCAAUCAAAACUUAUUUUAUGUGGUCUUUUUAAAAUUAGGUUAUCCUUUUAUAAAAAAAAGUGCUCCCGUAUAUUGAUUUGAUCUGAGAUCCCAGUGUUCUUGUAGUUUAUAUUUGUGUUGCUGGUUAUAAAUGCAUGUCCUCAGCCAAUUAUCAAGCUAACCCUACAGAUGCUAUUGGGUGAGAUUCUUUCUUAGCUGGUCUAAUAAACUAAACAUUCCAGUUUAGAAAAGUAAGUAUACAUGGUGGGGAAUAGAAAAUAUAAACUGCCUACAUCUAUAUCCCAACUUUAAAUGUUCCUUUUACCAAUUUUGAACUUACUUGGCAGUCUUUUUAUUUUGUUGAGGCUUCUAAGUCUUUGGUAAAAUUCCUUUGUGCAAAUAAAUGGUAGUGAAUAAAAUCUAGAAUAAAAUAUGAAGUAUUUCAAAUUUGAGUUUUCAUAGAGCUGCAUAUUAGAAGUAUAGGAGAAACAAGAUCAAAGUUGAAGUAAUUUUAAACAUGAAGCAAAUGUCACAGGAGAGAGUGACAGUCAUUUUUUUGGAUGCUGUAACAUAUUGGCAGGGCACGUUAAGGUUCACAUUUCCUUUAAAUGACUUGCUUUUUAAAUUCAAAGUUGUGCUUUAAAGGUCUUUUUUCACAUCUUUGAUUUGGUCAAUAGAACAAGAUUGAUUGGAACAUUAUUGUGUACCAUAAAGUUAGUUAGUUUGUCAGUAGAUGUUUCUUGUAACACAAUGUACAUAAGCUUACUAACUGGAAGUAUAAACAUGCUUAAAUUAUUUUUCCUCUUGAAGGAAAUGUUAAAAAUAUAAAUCGUAUAAACUCAAAUUGCAAAACAAAAAAGUAAAUAGUUAGUCUUUCAGUACAGGCUGCAACCUAUGCUGAACCAUGUCAAAAGCAAACACAGUACUUAAACAAACUAAACCAUGAAAAUGUAUUGAAAAUAGGAUGAAUUGUCCGAUGUAUAUAUUAAUGUAUAUUCUACGAAUAGAAUUUUGUAUGCAAAA